AGUUAACGCUCGGCUGCCCUAACUUUUACAAGACAUGGAAAAAAAAGUUACUACUUUAGGUCAUGUGAUGUCACACCCGGAAAGAUUGCAUAGUCCGCAGGGCAGCGACGCACUGUGAACUUCUUGGACGUUAUCGUGUUCUUUUCCCAAUAAUAUUUCAUUGUGCGCUUAUGUUAAAAGUGCGGCUGAAGUUCGACCUGCGCAGAGAUGUGGAGGCUGACAUCCGCAGAAAGGAGGCGGCGAUGUGCAGGGUGAAAGACUAUUCUGGAGCAGUGGACAUUUUAAUCCUCAACACUGAGCGAGAUGGAGGCAUCCUUUACUCCUGGAAGGGAUCGACUGGGACCACCAGAGUUGGGAAAUAUGACCCAGGUAUCAAACAGAAUAAACUCCUGUACACAUUUGACAAGGAUGUUUGUGUUAGCAGCUGCUCCCUGAACAAGGAGGAGACGUUGUUAGCUGUCAGCUUAGCACAAAACACCGAUGAAGAGGAGCACCUCAAACCAAUAUCCAACUGUCUGACGCUCCUGAUUGAGAUCCAUCCAAUCAACAACACUAAGGUCUUAAAGGCAGUAGACUGCCGGGUCAAAGUACAGUUCCUUCAUCCGGAAACUGACCGCAGAUCGGUGUAUGAAAGCCACCUGCUGCUCCUGACUGAAGAUGGAUAUGUGGAUCAGUACCACGUUCAGCUGACCAGACAUGAGGGUUACAAAGUGGUGCUGGCCAAUCCCGAGCGUUUGUCCAAGACAGCUGAGCGGGUGGUGGAUGAUUUCUGCUGGGUCCUAUGGGACGUGCACACGCAAAGACUCUACUAUCUAACUCAUGCGGACAAGUUUCUGAUGCGAUGUGUGCAGUUCUACGACCAACGCAAUUGUGAAACAGUGCUGGAGCUCCCAUUAGAGCUGCCUGCCAAUGCUUUCAACACAGUCAAGUUUGUGAACCUCGGUUUUGAUCACCAUCAUGUCGAGAAGCCAGAGCGAGUCAAGAUGGACGUUUUCACAAACAGAUUAGGAAGCAUGUGCGUGUGCUACAGUCGACCGGCUCUCGACAAACCGGAGCUCGUCUAUUCUGUGGUUUUAGUUCACAAAGACUGCAGCAAGACUUUUCGGGUCACCUUGGACCAGCCGACACGGGACGCCACGCAGUUCCAUCCGCUUUUCAUCCCUAUUGGUUACUACGUCGUCGUGUAUCUGCACGGCCGAUUCCUGCACUGCAUCAACACCAGGCAGCAGGAGAUGCUCUGCCACUCCCUCUUCCUGUCUGGUGACGAUGCGGACUUGGGCCUACCUUCAAAGUCCGCGAGGUUCUCGGUGCUGCAUGCAGAAGAAGAAGCAAGCACGGCCAUGUUGGACCUGGCGAGCGGGACGAUCAAAGGAGUUCAAUUCAGCACAUCGCACCUUCUUCGGAUUCUACGAUCGGACUUGAGACUCCACAAGAUGGACGACGCUCAACGCCUGGCUGCCCUUCACUGCCUGCUUCUUUCCAGCGAAAAUGACCGAAAUGUGGAGCCGGAGAUUAUUGAGUGGCUGUGCGGCAAUGUCAAAUCUCUGGAGUCCUUCGACCAGAUCCAGGAGUUCAUUCUAGCAUCUUUGUACAAAAUAAGCUACCAGAAAUCCCUAAGCCUUGAUAAACUGCUGCCUUGCUCAUCGGUGUUUGACAGGAAGGAGGUACCAGCGUGCCUAAUGGAGAUCCCUGGUGUGUGUUGCACCACACAGUCGCAUAUCGAGUAUGUCUUUAAAGGGAAGGCCCGGAGUCUCCAGGGUUUCUGGUCUGAGCUGCAGUGGAACACGGAGAGAGCAACCUUUUUUGAUGUGGAUCCCAACCCCAGAUACAAAACCUCCCAUGUUGAGAACUACUGGAGGAAAAUUAUGACUGAGAAUUUGUCCAGCCAGAUGUCUCAUGUGUUGGAGAACACCAAGAGGGUUCUUACUUUAGUGGACACUCGGCAUCUUGACAGAAAGCUGGUGCCCCUUUUUCAGGAGGAAGACAACCAGCAGGGGCUGUUCAUAGGAUUGACUGUAGAGAAGCUGCGAGAGCAUCUGGACAUACACCUGCCUCGACUGAGCAAAAAGAAGAUAGACUCCCUGGUCAUCAACUACGUUGCCAAACAGUUGGACCUGAUCAGACACAUGCUGGAGUCAGUCUGGCUGAAGCACAAGCUGGGCCCUCGUGUUUUAUGCCUAGCACAGCAAGCCAGUCCAGGCGAGUGGGCCGUGUUCCACUUCAUGCUUCGGAUUCUGGAAGCCACUAGGGGUCUCUGCAUGCCCCUCCCACCUGGUUACCACACGCUGCUAACGACGAUGGCUUUGCGCUGCCUCCCUCGUCACACUUUCCUACAGUACGUCGACCACGGAUUCCUACAGCUGACAGAUACCUUCGUGUCUCGAGUCGUGACAGAUCUGGACAACAGUGCAGCUAACGAGAAACUGAAGUUCAGCGUAUUAAAGAGGCUUCCCGAGGCAAACAGAUUUUACCGUAUGUGGGAUCAUCCUGUCAGUUCAGCUUCCAUCUGUAGAGAUUAUGUCGGGAAUCUGCUGGGGAGACACAACAGAAACAAGGGUUUCGCGUUCACCGGCAGAGACAAAGUAGGCUUCAGAGCUGAAUUUUUGCCUCUGACACACCUGAUCAAAGUGCUCUCCAAUAAAGAUGAGCAAGCUGUGAACCCCUUCGAAGAACAGGAGAAGGUGGACGCCACAUUUGUGGAGGAGACGGCUCUGAAACAGACACUCAUUCUGCUGGGAUUUGAGAGAAAAUGAACCCAAAAGGAAAAAUAGGACAGAUGAGGAUGACAAAGGGAUGAUUAAAAACGAAAGCCAUCGUAGAAUGGGAAGACGGUGACCCAAAACUGGAAGCCAAAUCAAUACAUUUGUCCUUAGAAUAAUCUUAACUCAUUGGCUGCCAUUGAUGACGAUGGACGGGAUUACACUGCUGGUCAAAAGUAUUGGCACCGCUGCAAUUCUGUCAGAUAAUGCUCAAUUUCUUCCAGAAAAUGAUUGCAAUUACAAAUGCUUUGGUAGUAAGAUCUUCAUUUAUUUUGCUUGCAAUGAAAAAACACAAAAGACAAUGGAAAAAUUAUUUAAAUCAUUAUCAUUUUACACAAGUAGGCCAGACAAAAGUAUUGGAACCAUUAGCCUAAUACUUGGUAGCACAACCUUUAGACAAAAUAAACACGAACAACCGCUUCCGGUAUCCAUCAAUGAGUUUGUUACAAUGCUCUGCUGGAAUUUUUGACCAUUCUUCUUUGGCCAACUGCUCCAGGUCUCUGAGAUUUGAAGGGUGCCUUCUCCAAAACUGCCAUUUUCAGGUGUUCUAUGGGUAGGUCUGGACUCAUUGCUGGCUAGUGUCCAGCGCUUUCUCUCAAACCAUUUUCUAGUGCUUUUUGAAGUGUGUUUUGGGUCAUUGUCCUGCUGGAAGACCCAUAACCUCUGAGGGAGACCCAGUUUUCUCACACUGGGCCAUACGUUAUGCUGCAAAAUUUGUUGGGAGUCUUCAGACUUCAUAAUGCCAUGCACACGGUCAAGCAGUCCAGUGCCACAGGUGGCAAAGCAACCCCAAAACAUCAGGGAAACUCUGCCAUGUUUGACUGUGGGGACAGUGUUCUUUUCUUUGAAGGCCUCAUUUUUUUUCUGUAAACUCUAUGUGGAUGCCUUUUCCCCCCCAAAAACUUUUGUCUCAUCUGAUUAGAGAACAUUCUUCCAAAACGUUUUUGGCUUUCUCAGGUAAGUUUUCGCGUACUCCAGCCUGGCUUUUUUAUGUCUCUGGGUCAGAAGUGGAGUCUUCCUGGGUAUCCUACCAUAGAGUACCUUUUCAUUCAGACGCUGACGGAUAGUAUGGAUUGACACUUUUGUACCCUCAGACUGCGGGACAGCUUGAACUUGUUUGGAUGUUAGUCGAGGUUCUUUAUCGACCAUCCGCACAAUCUUUCGUUGAACUCUCUCGUCAAUUUUUCUUUUCCGGCCACAUCUAGGGAAGUUAGCCACAGUGCCGUGGGCUUUACACUUAUUGAUGACACUACGCACGGUAGACACAGGAACAUUCAGGUAGGGCUGCAGCUAUCGAAUAUUUUAGUAGUUGAUUAAUCGAUGGACUAGUUCAGGGUUUUUUAAUGCAUUCAUAAUUUUGUUUAUAGGUAUAUGCAGCUGUUUUUUGCGGGAAUAUGUGUCUGGACCA